AUGGUUCGAGCCCGACCUCUGCCUCUCAACUUCCCCUGUCUAGGCUUGGGCAGUAUCCCAGCCCUCGUGCUUCCUUCGGGUGGCAUGGCAACUAGGCACCGAAAGGGUGCUACAGCUGAGCGAUUACGCAAUCCGGCUGUAAUCGGAAGAACCAGAGGUCAACGAGAGAUUCUAGGUGGGGGCUAG